UGUAAAUUGUGCCGUUAUUUCAAAUUAAUUGGUAGGUCUCUUGCAAAUACCCCAACUUGUCUUACUCACAUUUACUGCAAACAAAAACAAGCGUUUUUGUUCAUCAGCAGAUUCCCCAGAAUUUAAUUUCAACGCCCAGGGGAAAAUUGUGUCGUAAAGUGCAGUGCCACCAACAAAACAAUUUUUAUCGAGAGAUUUUAAUCACUUCUGCUCCUUGAUUGAAUGCAAAACGCGUAUCACUGAUAAGAGAAUUUCCUUGUAUUCCUUAUCUCCAAUUCCGAAAGCCGACACAAAGAAUCUCAGUAAUUCAGCAGUGUCUCAAGUGACAAGUCAUGUCCCCCCUAAUUGUAUUGACACUUUUGACACUUGCCAGUGCCGAUUAUUGGUCAGAAAGGGCGAAAUUGGUCAAUUCUGACUCAAGUCACGCAAUUGGCUCGUCAAUAGUACUCACUGAGAAAGAACAACAAGUGAAUAAAGUCUUGAUGAGCCACAAACUGAAAGAAUAUGAUGACGGUUUCACAGACCCACACUCUUUUCUCCCUUCCAUCCACUUCUUCAAGUCAAAAAGUGGGAUUGAGGCAUCACCAGUGUUCGAUUUUAUCAGAAAAUUGCCAAAAGGAGCAUCACUUCAUUCGCAUGACACGGCCUUGGUCUCCUUCGACUACCUCUACAACCUCACUUAUCGCGAGAAUUUGUACGGGUGUGUGGUCAAAAACCGCCUCCAGUUACACUUUUUUGAUAAAAAAACAAGUGGGGAGUGUGAGUGGGAGUUGGUAGAAGACCUCCGGUCCCAAAACAGCUCCUUCGACAUGUUCCUCAAGUCGCAAUUGUCCAUUAUUGUCGACGACCCCACCACGGAAUACCCCUCUAUUACCGAAGUUUGGAACCGGUUUAUGGACACUUUUGGGACCGUUUUCGGCCUAGUGACCCACCGACCUGUCUUCCAAGACUACUUCUACCAAUCCCUCAAAGAACUCCGCGAAGACAACGUCAUGUAUCUUGAAUUUCGGGGGCUCCUCCCUCAAGUCUACGAGCUCAACGGGACCACCUACGACCACAUGGGGGUCACCAAGCUUUACAUCGAGACUCUGGAACAGUUCAAACGCGAUUACCCCGAUUUCCACGGAGCCCGUUUCAUUUUCGCCCCUAGUAGAAACGUCGACAACCGCACCGUCGAGGAUUAUGUGUCAAUAACCAAAGAGUUGAAACAGUCAUUCCCUGAGUUUAUCGCAGGUUUUGACCUCGUGGGUCAAGAAGACAGGGGCAAACCCCUAAUUGACUUCAUCCCCCAACUCCUGGAACUCGCCGAAACCGACACGAAAUUUUUCUUCCACGCCGCUGAAACCGACUGGUGUGGCACCUCCACUGACAUGAACCUCUUCGACGCCAUCCUCCUCAACACCACACGAAUCGGACACGGAUUCGGUAUCGUCAAACACCCCAAAAUCCUCGAAGAAGUCAAAAAAAGAAAAAUCGCACUUGAGAUCAGUCCGAUUUCGAAUCAAGUCUUGAAACUAGUGGAUGACUUGAGGAACCAUCCAGGGGCGUUUUUGGUCAAUUCGGGGUUUCCAGUCGUGAUUACAUGUGACGACCCCAGUUUCUGGGGGGCCAAAGCGUUGAGUUACGACUGGUAUUUGGCGUUUAUGGGGUUUGCGAGUCGGGAGGGAGAUUUGAGGAUGUUGAAACAGCUGGCGUUGAACUCUUUACAUUUUAGUGUGAUGCGGGAGGAGGAGAAGUGUGACGCUUUGGCCACUUGGGAGGAGCAAUGGGAGGAGUUUUUGGAUAUUGUUUUGGCAGGGAACACGAUUAGUGUAAACCAAAUUUUAUAAACUUUUGGAUUGAACUGUUUAUUUUUAUUUAUUAACUAAGAUAUCGUCUAGAAACUUGUCCCAUUGGUCCGCCCACUGCUCCAAACUCCUCCUUCUCUCCUCCUCCUCCAUACAGCUAAAAACAAUCGAAUUGAUGGCCAAUUGUUUCAAGACUUCAAGACCACUGUUUUUGGGUGUCAUGGCCAUGAAAACCAUGUACCAGUCGUAGCUUAAUCCUGUUGCAUUCCAAAUUGAAGGAUCAUCAUUGCCUACCACUACUGGGUAAUCCAAAGCCAUCAAAGUGGCCCCUGGGUGGUUUCUGGGAUCGUCAUUUAACAUCAAGACUUGGUUCGAUAUGGGGCAUAUUUCCAGAGGGAUGUUUCUGUUUUUGGCCAAUUGUAACAAUUUUGGGUGUUUUGUGAGGGCAAAACCGUGUCCAAUCCUACAAAAAUUUAAUAGGAACGAAAAUAAAUCAAUUGAGUUCAAACCUAGAGGAAUUUAGUAGAAUAGCAUCGACAAGGUUGAGGUCAGUGUGACCAAACCAGUUUGUUUCACCGGCGUGGAAAAAGAAUUUUAGGUGUUUUUGGGCCCCCAUUAGCAGGGAGUGGUAGUCGAAGAGUGUGUGGCCUUCCUCCUCA